CACCCAGAGCCCUCCCUCGGCCACCAGAGCCCGGCGGUGCGGCGGUAGCUCGGGGCUGUGUUUGCACGACCGACGGCACCGGAGCGGUCGCGGAACCGGCGGUGGCGACGGCUCCGUCAGGCCGAGGCUGGUGAACCCUGUCUGGGGAGGGAAGGAUACUCGAAAGCAGAGGAACAGCAGAGGCAACAGCAAGAACAAAGUUAGAGAGUUGGUCACAGCUUUGGAUCCAGAUGUGGAACAGCUGUGGGUGGCUGGAAGCAGCAGCAGAGAGGGGAGGCGGCAGCCACCAGCAGUGGAUGACUCCACACUACCCUGCUUGUGGUUCAGUGUGAACGCAACCAGGCCGAUCUACAGAAAGGGGUGUGGCGUGAAUAAACGUGGCGGUUCUGUGACAAAAACACGGGUUGGGAGGCAGAAAAGAUUUUGGCUUGGGAGGUGGACCAGGGCCGGGUUCCUAUGGGGCGGAACUUUUGUGUGCGGAACCUCUGCGCAGGCCGCGGCAGCCACCCGGGCCGCUCAUCCAGCUGACUCGGGGGGGCGGUGCCGGGUGCUGCACACGCUGCUGCCGGCGGGAAGAUGGCGGCGGUGAAGGGGCUGGAGGCCUGUCUGAGGCUGGCGGGGGCUUCCGCGGCGCGUCCGGAGCGCUUCCUCAGUGUGCAAGAUGGACUGGCUGCUGACUUCAGAGCAUUGACAAAGACUCUCUAUGAUUUGAAUAAAGGUCUGGGAAGUAAUAUAGUUGGUGGGGGUCCUCUAAAAGAGCUGGUGAUAGAAAAUUUUGAUGAAGAGCAGAUUUGGCAACAACUAGAGCUCCAGAACCAUGCAGUUCUUGAUUUCUACAAGAAAUCCAUUGCAAGGUAUGCCCAGGAUGAAGAUCUUUGCCUUCUCUCAGACAUGGAAGAGGAUGGCUCUGAGGCAGAGACAAGCAGUGACAAGGAGCUGGGAGACAACGUAGUGGAAGCAGAAACUGAACACAGUGUUUCUACAAAAGAUAAAACUAAGGCUAAAGAAAAACAAAGUAAAAUCAGAGAAAGGAUAAUACAGAAACACAGUGAUGAGGAUUCUGAUAUUGACUUUGAUAUUGAAGCACUGGAGCAACAAACUAAAAGAGCCAAAGAAACCACAGUGAAAAAAACAGGAAGCAAAUCUGUAGUGGAUGACAAGUUUUUUAAGCUGGCUGAGAUGGAAGCUUUUUUAGAACAUGCAGAGAAGGAAAAUGAGGAGGAGGAGGAGGAAGAUAUUAAUUAUUUUGAAGACAUUCUCUCAGAUGAUGAGGAGGAAGAAGAAUCUGAAGGAGCUAAAGUCAAACCAAUUAAAAGUUCUAGAGACUUGACAUACAAAGAUUUCUUUGAUCCAGUUGAUGACAAUGAUGAUUUAGUAGCUAAUGAUGUUGAAGAUGAUCAGGAAGAGGAAGCAGACAGUGCUAUUGAAGAGGAGAACGAAGAAAGCAUGUCUGAGGCUGAGGAUAUGAAUGAAAUGAUGAUGGAGAAGAUGAGAAGUAAAGAAUCCUCAAAAAAAGUUACUUUUAGUUUGCCAGAUGACAGUGAAACAGAAGAUGUUACUGAUAUGCAAUUAGAGAAGGACAUGGAUCUCAGUGAAAUAAAAUCUUCUUUUGAGAAGAGACAGGAAAAGAUGAGCAAGAAAAUAAAACGUUUAGAAGAAGAGUUGUUAGAGGACAAACCUUGGCAGCUUAAAGGAGAAGUGACUGGACAAAAACGACCUGAAAACAGCCUUUUGGAGGAAACUCUGUAUUUUGACCAUGCAGUCCGUAUGGAACCUGUGAUCACAGAAGAAACUACUCUUCAGCUUGAAGAUAUCAUUAAACAGAGAAUACUGGAUGAGGCAUGGGAUGAUGUAGUACCAAAGGAAAAACCAAAUGAGGAGGCUUUUGAAUACAAGAAACGUAUCACUUUGGAUCAUGAAAAAAGUAAACUGAGUCUUGCUGAGAUCUAUGAGCAAGAAUACAUGAAACUUCACAAGCAAAAGACUGAAGAGGAAGAAAAUCCUGAGCACAAAGAAAUUCAGGAAAUGAUGGAUUCACUCUUCCUAAAGCUGGAUGCACUCUGUAACUUCCACUUCACACCCAAACCACCUGUGCCAGAAGUUAAGAUAGUUUCAAACCUCCCAGCUAUAAGUAUGGAAGAAGUAGCACCUGUUGCUGUUAGUGAUGCUGCUCUCUUAGCACCAGAAGAGAUCAAGGAAAAAAACAAAGCUGGUGACGUGAAAACAGAUGCAGAAAAGACUCCCACAGACAAAAAGAGAGAACGAAGAAAGAAAAAGCUUCGGAAACGUAUGAAGAUAAGAGAAAAGGAGAAACGUCAAAAGCUGCUUGAAAAGAUGAAACCAGAACAAGUUACAAAACUUAGCAAAAAAGCUGUUGCAGCAAAACUCAAAAAGCUUACAAAAGAAGGCAAAGCAUCUCUGCUCAAGGAUGAAGGUAAAGACAAGGUCCUGAAAUCAUCCCAGGCCUUUUUUUCUCAACUGCAAGAUCAAGUCAGAAUGCAACUCAAAGAUGCAAACAAGUUACAGAAGAGACAGAAGCAGCAGAAAGCCCUCUCUGUUCACAAACUGAAAUUGUAACCUACCUUUUUUUGUAUGUUGCAUCUUGUAUAUAUUAAAAAGUUUCUACCUGAAUACUGAA